CGUCUAGUUUUCCUCGCAUGGUGAGUUGUUUGUGGGUUUCUGGCAGCAUUUAAAUAGUGACACUCGGUGAUUGUCUCGAUGCUGAAGGCAAAUGUCGCUUUUGUGCUCGCUGGAAGGCUCUGACACACGAGACUUGCUGCAAUGGUUGCCAUGGAAACGGCAUGUGCUGGCCACUAUAGUUAUGUAAGAGACUGAUGGCACACUGAGCAAACAGAAAGCAACAUUUUGGAGAAGCUAGCUGGCAGAGCCCCGUGGAACCUGGAAAAAUGAGAGUGAUUGAAUGGACAACGCUGUUAACUGAUCAAAACGACACAGAGAUGUGGAUAUCCAGUGGCAGUGGGAGUGGCUCCCUGAACUAUACCCUGGCUGCCCUCACCCCCCUCAAAAGCUGUGUCACCUUCCUGCCAGCCAAUCACAUCAUCUAUCACCUGGCUAACUUGGCUAUCUGCGUGGGAUUGUUUGCCCCCAGUGGCACGUAUGGGGUCCUUUUCCUGCAUACCCUCUUCAUGUUUGGGUUUUUACUGAUGUCAGUCUGGGCCUGGAUGAUUCUCUGUGCGCCCGAUGUCUUCUCCUGGAACUUUGCCUUCAUGGUCAUCAAUGGAAUACAGAUGCUGUUUAUCACCUACCGCAUCAGACGCAUCAAGUUUUGCGAGGAACUGGAGGAGGUUUAUGAUUCGCUGUUUGCCCCGUUACGAGUAUCCAGGGCGAUGUACAAGAAGCUGACAAGCCCUGAACACUGCACCCUGAUGACCCUACACCCAGGCGAAAGCUACGCCACUCAGUCAAUCACAAAGACGGACAAGCUGGGACUCCUCGUGUCUGGGGUGAUUAAUGUGUACAGCAGCCAGACGUUCCUACAUCAUAUCUACGAGAGACAGUUCAUUGACUCUCCAGAGUUUGAGUCCAGUGUCACGGGAGAGGAGAAAUACGGGGUGUCCAUCAUUGGGGCAACAUCCUGUCGAUACAUCUUUUGGCCCAGACAAGCUUUGGAAUACCUGCUGAUUAAGGAACCCUACCUGGCCAAUCUGAUGAAUAUUAUCAUAGGCAGGGACAUUGCCACAAAACUGUAUGCUCUUAAUGACAAGGCGGGCUCGUACCAGGGUGGAGGACGUGUGGACAUUCGCCUCCCUAGUUUGUCUUCAGGGGGAGGUAGGAGCGGCCAGACCACCAGGGGGAGUUCCAUGAAGACGGAGCGUUCAGACCGCUUUCUGACUGGCCCAUGCAGGACUCCAUUAGACGACAGUAGCAUCGAGGACAAUGAGGGCAACUACGAUGACAGUGAAGAUGCCUACCUAGAACAUGGUGAGAAAAUGCACCUGUUAAAUGGCCACACAGUUCAACAUGCUGGCUACACCCCAUACAAUGUGACGGCUACCCUGGAGGCGCAAGAGACGGCCACCAUCAACAUGAACUUCUUAAAGUGAUAUAUCCAUGGACGUCAAAUGAACAAUGUUGAUUGAUCGGUGAUAUUUCAUGAUAUUAAACUGGAACCAGGAAUGUGAAUCUGAAAGAAAUCGGAAGGUGAUAUUGGUACGACAGAGAAGGUUUACUGGGCCAUUCUAAAAAAAAAAAAACAUUCUUUGAAGAGCGUAAUGUGACCAUUUUAGGAAAAAUACAGUAUGUUGUUUGGACUUUUUUUUUCUGGUUAUAGGAAAAUAUUUAAAUUAUUGUAAAAAAUAUGAACAUUGAAAGAAGAAAAAAACUUAAUAACACUUUCGAGUUGGGCCAUUGUUUUGGAGGGUUAGUUGGUUUAUGCUGAACGAACAUAUUUUUAAUAAAAGAGCUGUGAACUAGUGCUUAAAAAUAUGUGGUUACCUGGAAGCUAAAGACUCAUA